AUGAUUAACAGCAGUCACCACAAUGGUCUCCCCAAUACAAGACCUCAAGCAUCAGCACAAGGCAUCAAUUAUUUGAACAAUGAUUACAAGUUGUCCAACAAAAAGCUUUCAUCAGAUAGUGAUUCAUACAAAACCUCAUUUUCAAUCAAUGCUAUAUUAGGUAUCAGUGAUGUCAAUAAUGAUGGCAAUAGAAGAAACAUCAACAAUGCAUUCAGUGAAGACAUUAAUCAAUUUAGUUUUAAUGCUAAUAAAUAUAGAGCUGAUUAUGUAUCAAAUGAUAUGUAUGUCAAAGCAACCAAUUAUCACAAAACUAAAAAUGUUUCAUCAGUUUCACCUGACUCUACAGCUAAGGAUUUAAAUUCAUUGUCAAACACUGAAAGAAAAAUUAAAUGUUUGGCUAAUAAUUUGCAAUCAAGUAAACGAAGUCUUGAAUGUGACCAAAGUUCAGAUGCAACAAAACCAGAGGACAGUGCGGUUGUCAUGAAAUGUCGGACUCAAAGUAAAUCUAAAAGAGUGCGAACAAUCUUCACACCGGAACAGUUAGAUAAACUUGAAGCCGAGUUUGAAAGACAGCAAUAUAUGGUUGGACCUGAAAGACUAUAUCUGGCCUCUACUCUCAAUCUAUCUGAAGCACAGGUUAAGGUCUGGUUUCAAAACAGAAGAAUCAAAUGGCGAAAACAACGGCUUGAGAAGGAACUGGUUUUGGCUAACAAACACUAUAGCAAUAGUGAUGGACACAUACAUACAACUGAUGAUAAUCUAUCUAUAAAUCAACAAAAUUUGUGUCAUUCAUCCAAUUUAACCGAUAUUACCAUUUGA